AUGAAGGAUUCGACUUGGUGUGGGGUUCCUGACAUUGCAAGACGGCUUGCAGAAUUCAAGUCAAUUCUGGACAGUGGACUAGGCGAUCGUAAUGGGGCCUGCCAUGUGUCGUGGAAGUCAAGCCUCAAGCUAUUGAUUGGCGGUCAAUACAGCGAGGGAGGUACUGAGGACUACAGCGAUAAGGACAUUGGGAAACUGGAAACACUCAAUGUCCGGCUACUCCUCCAGCAGCCAACUGGGGACCCGCUAUGA